AUGAAGAUAAAAGAAGAAUUAGAAACGAAACAUUCGGACUUUACAAUUAAACGAAACGAAGAAAAUUUUGAAGUCGAUUUAAAGAAUUUUAAGAAAGAAUUCAAUACAGAUGUGAAGAGUUAUAAAACAAUUAAAUUGGAACGGAAGAUAAAUAUUAAAGGAAAGCUAAUUUCCACUAACAACACAAACGAAUCCACUCGUUGGAGUCAUUCUGGUUAUAAAAUCGAAAGAGAUAUCAAAAAAGAAGAAGAAAAAGAGUAUUAUGAUGUAAAACAUGGUAUAAAAUCAGAAUGUAAAGUUGUUUUAAGAAAAUUGAAGAUUGAAGUAAAGACUGAAGUUUGUAACGAAGUUGUUUAUCUGUCAGAUGCUAAUGAACACGUAAUGACUGUCAACAAUCAAAGCUUGAAUCCGGACGAAAACUUUAACAGGAAUGAAAUGAACAUCCAAACUGAGGAGGAAGAGAAGAUUCAGGAAUACGAUUUUCAGCGCAAUUCGAUAAAGCAAGAGCGUUAUAAAUAUAAUAUCAAAACAAAGAAAUGCGUUUCUUCCAGUAGAAAAUGCAAUAAAAUUGAUGAAAAGAUUAAAAGGAAAUACUUCAAGAUUUUGUUUGCAUCUCAUUCUAAACAAAAAUUUACGUGUGAUUUAUGUAAACAGACUUUUACAAAUAAGAGCAUAUUACAAACACAUCUGUUCUGUCAUAUUGGAAAAAAACCAUUUCGCUGCACAACCUGCAAUAAGACGUACUUGUGGCAAUUUCUAUUCAAAAAACACAUGAAAGAACACAAAACUGGAAAUCAAAAAGAAAUCUCUCUUAGGAAUUUACGUUUGCAGCCAUCUAACGAUCGAAAGAAGCCAUCGCCAACAAAUAGUAAAAAAUCUAAUAUUAAGCGAAAAAACGUGUAUUGCGACAUUUGUGGUAAGCGCGUUCCAUAUGGCAAGGGCCGUUUAGAAAGACACAAGAGAAUACACAGAACUCAUGCCUGCAAGACGUGUGGAAAAGAAUUCAAAUGGAACUAUAUGUUGUUAUGUCAUGAACGAACGCAUAGCGAAGACCGUCCUUUCAAAUGCGAUAUUUGCAAUAAAAGUUUUAAAUGGAAAGGUCAAAUGAAAAGGCAUCAGGAAACUCAUACUGAUGGACGUAACUAUUUUUGUCAGGAAUGUAACAAAAGUUUUAAAACAAAACAUUGUUUGAUAACUCAUAAAAUUGUUCAUAACGAUAAAUUCAACCAUACUUGUCAUAUAUGUAACAAACGUUUUAAACGAAGUGGUCAUUUAAAACAGCAUAUGUGUUUACACAGCAAUGAAUACAAAUAUUCUUGUGACAUAUGUAACAAAUAUUUUAAAACAAAACUCAGUUUGACACUUCAUAAAGUAGUUCAUAAUAAUCAAUUCAACCAUACUUGUCAUGUAUGUAACAAAAGUUUUAAACGCAGUGCUGGUUUAAAACUGCAUAUUCGUACACACACCGAUGAAUACAAAUAUUCUUGUAAUAUAUGUAACAAAUAUUUUAAAACAAAACACUAUUUAAGAAACCAUAAAGUAAUUCAUAGGGAUACAAAAAAGUAUGUUUGUGACAUAUGUAAAAAAGGUUAUAACUUUACAACUGCGUUAGCCAAACAUUGUCUUACUAAACAUGAAAAUAUGUAUUUAUGCAGUAUUUGUAAGAAGCUAUUCAAAAAUAAAAACACGCUAGAAGAACAUUUGAAAGUACAUAUUGAAAAGUGUAAUAUUUGUAAUAAAGAAUUUAAAACUAAAACCACCUUAAUCAAUCACCAGAAAAUUCAUUUCGAUAUAAAACCGUUUCGUUGUGAGAAGUGUAAUAGAGGUUUUAUCAAUAAACAUCGAUUAAAAUGUCACGAAGCAACUCACAAUGAAGACAAUCUUCGUUACGUUUGUGAAGUAUGUAACAAGGGAUUUUAUUUUAAAAGUCAUUUAGUAGGCCAUCAACUCGUUCAUCAGAAUCAUCCGUAUUUUUGCAGUCAUUUUUUCGAACUUACCGAUGUGAAGAUACGAGAAACCACAAAUGAAACUGAUACCACCAAGUAUAUGCUGAGGACAGAGCAGAGUACAAGAAGAAUUCGUAUAUAUGUAGCUGAUGUUGUGAAUAUUGCGUUAUAG